UAAGACGUUAUUAAACGAAGUUGGAGUUAGAGAAAUUUUUUGAAUAAUUCAAUAACUUUAUACUGAUUUAAUUUAAUAAUAGUAAUGAGUGGCAAAACACAAUUGUUUAAGAAUUUAAAAAAUUUUCGUUUGAUCACAUUUGACGUAACUGAUACAUUGCUUCGCUUUCGGUAUCCGCCGCCUAUCCAGUACGCCAAAACAGCGACAGAGCUUGGAGUAAAAAACAUUAACCAAGAACAACUAAACGAAUGUCUGCGAAAAGAAAUUAAAGCUAUGGCAAUAGCACAUCCAAAUUUCGGCCGCAGUACCAAUUUAGGUUGGCAGCAAUGGUGGAUACAAUUAGUAAAAAAUGUAUUUCGUCAUGUAAAACCAAAUAUACCUCCCGAACAAUUGGACAUGUUGGCAGAAACUCUUUUACGAGAAUACAGAACGAAGGAAUACUGGUCAUUUAUGGAGGGCAGCGUAGAAUUAGUACAAAAAAUACGUGAUGCUGACAAAUUUGUUGGUAUUAUAUCAAAUUUUGAUCCCAGUUUAUCGACAGUACUUCGGGAAAUGGAAAUUGAACAUUUAUUCGACUUUAUUUUGACUUCUUAUGAAGCUGGAGCACAAAAGCCAGACGCAAAAAUUUUUUCCAUACCAUUGGAACGUUGUAAUAUUAAGCCAAAUGAAGCUCUGCAUAUAGGCAAUAUGUAUGAAAUAGAUUAUGUUGGCGCCAAGAACUCCGGAUGGUCAAGUCUAUUAAUAAGUCAAGAUAGCAAUAAAUACGAGAAUGUAGAAGUCAUGCAUGUUUAUGCAAGCAUUAAAGAUGUGAUAAAUGCGUUAGAAAAUAAAGAUAUCAAAUGGUAGCACUUUAUUGUGUUACCUUUUACAGCUUUUGUGCUUAUAACGUGAUAACAGAGAAUUUAAAUUAGAUAAAAUUGUAAAUAAAUU